CGGGAGUUUUGUGGUCGGGUGGGAUAGAGAGCGAUCGCUGUUUUCUUUCCAUUUAAUCUUCUUUUAUAUAGUCAGUGUCAGCAUGAAUCGCAUUUUCGGACGCGGGAAACCCAAAGGACCGGCACCGAACCUCACGGACUGCAUCUCAAAUGUUGACUCACGAGCCGAGUCCGUCGAUAAGAAGAUUGCCAGACUCGAUACAGAAUUAGUAAAAUACAAAGAUCAGAUGAAGAAAAUGAGGGAUGGACCAUCAAAGAACAUGGUGAAGCAGAAGGCCAUGCGAGUGCUCAAACAGAAGAGAAUGUAUGAAGGACAGAGAGAUCAGCUGACGCAGCAGUCGUUUAACAUGGAGCAGACCAACUAUACCAUCCAGACGCUGAAAGAUACCAAGACUACGGUGGAUGCCAUGAAAAUCGGAGCCAAAGAAAUGAAGAAGGCUUACAAGAAUGUUAAGAUUGAUCAGAUUGAGGAUCUACAGGAUCAGAUGGAGGACAUGAUGGAGGAUGCGAGCGAGGUGCAGGAGGCUCUCAGCCGCAGUUACGGGACACCAGACAUUGAUGAAGAUGACCUGGAGGCGGAGCUAGACGCGCUCGGCGAUGAGCUGUUAUUGGACGAUGAUAACUCGUAUUUGGACGAGGCCUCUACUGCUCCAGCUAUUCCUGAUGCUCUGCCGGGAGGCAAGAGCAACAUGCGGGAUGGAGUACUGGUGGACGAGUUUGGCCUUCCUCAGAUUCCAGCUACAUAAAAAACAGACUGACGUAAAAGAACCUCAAACACUCGAAAGACAUGGACAAAUAUCUACACAUGUACUUUACAAAGAAACUCUGGGACAGAGCUGUAGUGACUUAAACAAUCUCGCCUGCAAUCUCAGUCACGUACUUCAUAAUCUUUUAUUGCUUCAUAAGGAAUGUAUCAAUUGUAUUCAUACAUCUUUCACAAUGAAUCACUGGGGUGUGCGCCUUGAUUUUUCUUCAGUGGAGAUUCAUUUUGUUUUAUAAAGGAUCUGCGGUAGUUGGUUUUCUUUUUACUUCAAUACAGUGUUGCUUACUGAAAGCAAAUAUAAUAAAUUAUUAUAUAUUUGAA